UGUAAAUACCUUUGGUUGCCAGGAAGUGCAUGAGUGUGUUGAGUGGAUGGAAAAUGAAGGGACGAAACGUCCGUAAGCAAUAACAUCGGACACAAGCAUUCUCGAAGGUUUGGAUUAUGGAGAAUCAAGGAAGGGGUCGACCAUGGGGGAAGUUGAUAAGGGUAGACUCAAGCUGUGAAUCUGAAGUGUUGCUUGUCAACAGAGAAUGCACUGUUGGACGAAGAAAAGGGUGUGAUCUUUCGUUUCCUGCAAACAAACUGGUUUCAGGGGAUCAUUGCAAGAUUGUGCAAGAUGAGAAGUCAGGGUUGGCGUGGCUGGAAGACAUGAGCACCAAUGGUACGGUGAUCAACAUGUCCAAGCUGGUGAAGAAGCAGAGCCACAUGCUGCAGAGUGGUGAUGUCAUCUACUUUGUCUACAGGAAGACUGAGCCUGAGCAAAAUAUUGCUUACGUUUACCAGUCCUUAAAACCCGAGCUGGCAGUUUCACACGACACCAGUCUAGUUGGUGCCAGUGGAGGAGCCCCAGCCCUGGGAUCUUCUCCUCCUCUCCCCCCAGCCACAGGCCUGUCAGUGGAGCCUCUCCUCCUCAGAGCCCCUGGGCCCCAUCGAGCGGAGGAGCCCCAGCCCUCCACCUCCACCUUCCACCUCCCCGCUGGCCCUCAUGGUGAGGUCCAGGGGGAGAGCGCCAGCUGUCAUCCACCAGGCUGUAAAGACGUCUCAGGCCCCGCCCCUCCCCGGCAGGGGGGCCUGGAGGAGCCAGAGUGCAAGAGGAGGAAGAUAGACGCUGAUGCGGUUUCGGACUUGGCCUCGCCUCACACCUCCAGUACCGAGGCCCUGGCUCCUGCCAAGGGCUCCCUCAGGGACCUCCUGGGAAAACAACCCAAGGAGGGGACCAAGACCGACAAGAUGGAGGAGUCUCUCACCUGUAUCAUCUGCCAGGACUUGCUGCACGACUGUGUCAGCCUGCAGCCCUGCAUGCACACCUUCUGCGCAGCCUGCUACUCGGGGUGGAUGGAGCGCUCGUCGCUCUGCCCCACCUGCCGCUGCCCCGUGGAGAGGCUCCGCAAGAACCACAUCCUCAACAACCUGGUGGAGGCCUACCUCACCCAGCACCCAGAGAAGUGCCGCUGCGAGGAGGACCUGAAGAGCAUGGACAGCCGGAACAAGAUCACCCAGGACAUGCUGCAGCCCAAGAUCGAGCGCUCCUUCUCCGACGAAGAGGGCAGCUCCGAUUAUCUGUUCGAGCUGUCCGACAACGACAGCGACACUUCUGAUAUCAGCGGUCAGCCGUUUGCGAUGUGCAGACAGUGUCUAGGCUACAGGGCGGACGGCAAUCAGGGGCUGUGGGCCACUGGAAUAGCAUCUCCCCUGUUCCCCUCUGCCGCCCUGUUCCCCUCUGCCCCCCUGUUCCCCCCCGCCCCCCUGGCCCCACCACCCCCCCCAGCACAGCCAGCCCCCCCAGGUCCUGCGGAGGGAGCUGGGAAGCCUGCUGGAGAAGGUCCAUCCACCUCUUCUGAGAUGCCCACAGCUCCUUCUCAAGGGUACUCGUGCCCGCUCCAGGGCCGCCAUGUCAUCUGCACCUGCUGCCUGCAGCCCAUGCCAGACCGCCGAGCAGAGCUCAUUGGACAUCAGCUCUCUGCGCAGCAAUGCAUGGCGUGCCAGCGACCUUUCUGCCACAUGUACUGGGGCUGCCGGAGGAUCGGCUGUCAAGGGUGCUUGGCCCGCUUCAGCGAGCUCAACCUCACAGACAAGUGUCUGGAUGGCGUUCUCAACAGCAAUAACUACGAGUCCGAGAUCCUCCAGAACUACCUUGCUGCCAGAGGGAUGACCUGGAGGAGCCUGCUUCAGGAGGGCCUGGACGGCCUGCAGCAAGGAAGCUAUUACCUCUCGGAUUACCGCAUCAACGCCAGCGCUGUGCUGUGUUUCUGCUGUGGCCUGAGGGCCUUCAAGGAGCUGGCUUACAAAUACAGACAGAACAUCCCUGCUGCUGAGCUCCCAGUUGCUGUCACAUCUCGUCCUGACUGCUAUUGGGGGCGUAACUGCCGUACUCAGGUGAAGGCGCACCAUGCCAUGAAAUUUAACCACAUCUGUGAACAGACCCGCUUCAAGAGCUGAACAGCCCUGGGGUCGUCCCCUCCCCCCACAGGAGCGCCACAGACACAGGACAUCCUAUCGCUCUGUCACUCAAUAGGAAGAGGAUGUUUCUAUUGUUCCCACUCCUCACAUGGGCACAUGUCCUGGGGAAGGACUUCUCUGUUACACCUGUCAUACAGUAGAUCUCCUGGGGAAGGACAUCUCUGUUACACCUGUCAUACAGUAGAUCUUCUAGUUGCAGGUUACAUACAUGUAUAUAGGAUGCACUGGCUUAUUGCAGAAAUCACAAUCAAUAUUUGUUGGAGACUGGUUAGGGUUUGCUUAAGUUUUGUGUGUGUGUGUGGGGGGGGGGGGGUUCAGGGGGGAAGUGGAAUAAUAGUAUGCACUCUUGGCGCUACUCCUCUCUACCCAGCAGAUAAGUAUCUCUAGAGGACCAUAGUGGCCCUGCAUUCCAUUGGUCAGGUCCACAGCUACAUAUGAGACUGGAUUUGAUCUAUUUUAUCUUCUUUAUAUUCUACUGGGAACGGUAGAACAAGUCAGGAAAUCGGAACAGACUCGUACCAUAGUGUUCUGCAUGAUAACACAGCCAUCUUGUGACAAUACAAGGAUCAUAUAUAUAUAUAUAUAUA